UCCAGCUUGCGUUUCUGCCCUCGAGCCAAGCAACAACAACAAACAUCGCCCUGCCUCAUCGCUCCUCCCUGGCCCCAGUUCAUCUGUGGUCCAUCUCCAGCUCGCCUCGUAUCCGCCGGCCCGCUCCCGCCUCAUCGCUCUUGCGCUCUCGCCGGUCUCCACCAUCCGUCCGACACCCAGCACACCCGCUGCUGCGUCCCCACCUUGCCCUUGUCCGGCCUCAUCCCAUACCCACAUUGCAAUGACGCAACACCGCAGCAUGUUCUGGCUUCUGGUUUUGGCCACGCUGAUGGCCCUGAUCCGGCCGUCCGUGCAGCAACUCACCUGCUCGAUCACCUCGACCUUUGAUCCCAGCAAAAACUACUUCCCCGCCGGACAGCAGAUGAGCAUCAAGUAUGCCCAGAAGUUCAGCGUUUCGUACAGCAACAGCUACAAAAUCCUCACAGUUGGCAGCUCGACCUACGUCCUCUACAUGUGUAACGGCCCUGCUCCGAACUCGACUUCGAUCCCUGCCAACGCCGUCAAGAUCCCCGUCCCUGUUUCUACCGCUGCCGUUGCCGACCAGUCGGUGCUGGCUGCUCUUCAGCGCCUCGGCCUCCUCACUUCGGUGAGCUAUGUCCAGAAUCUCAAUGCCAUCACGCUGCCUUGCGCUGAAGCUCGCUCCAGCAGCAGCAAUAUCUUGGAGCUGCCCACGACUCCUGUCUCGAACAUUGGCGUCGUCUUUGGCAACGUAUCUAACAUUUCCCUCAGCAGCGGUACCGUCCCGAUCACCGCUAGCCUGAUGUCAGAGACCUCGCCUCUGGCCCGCGCCGAGUGGAUCAAGUUCAUUGCUGCCUUUUAUAACCAGGAGGCUCUCGCCGAAACUACGUUUAGCGGCAUCGAAUCCACCUACCAGUGCAACGUCGCCGCUUUCCAGAUCCUUCAAACCUCGGAUCGCCCGGCCGUCACAUGGAUUACCACCAUCGAUGGCUCGCACUGGGGAGAUUACAACCCACAGUAUGCUGCCUCCCUGAUCAACAGCUCUGGCGGCAACUAUGUUUCGAUGGGCGCCUCUCUCGGACACGCCGAUGUUGUCAAGUUCCUCCAGACCGUUGAUGUCGUCAUCGAUGCCACCCCCGUCAACCCCAACGGCGUCUCCAACAUCCAGACAUUCUACCAGAACUACAACAUCACCCCUCUGGAUAUGGAGUCUUUCCGAUGGACUGGCCUUCAAGGAUUUGUCCUUCGAACCGACGAGAACGUGAACUCGAACGGCUACGAUGACUGGCCCAACUCGGCCGUGUUCCAGCCGGACUACUACCAGAUGGAUUUGAUCCACAACCUGAAUCCCAAGUACAACAGCACAUUCAAGGAUGUCUGGUUCCGCAACAUCGCCCAGGGUGACGGCACUGUGGCCGCCAGCCCCAAGUCGUGCGCGGAUCCCACUGCCAUCCUGAGUGUUCCUUCGACCCUCUGUCCUGUGGGUGCAACAGCCAACAUCCAGAAGUGGACCGAUGUUGCCCACACUGGCGCCGUCUCCUCUCCUCCCACCUUUGAGAUUGUCCCUGAUCCCUCCGGUGCUCUGCGCAACGUGCUCCUGGUGGUCUUUACAACCCUCAUUGCUCUUGGAGUUGCUGGUUACUUUAUCAUCAAGUACCGCAAGUACCUGAGCGAGCGAUGGUACAAGUUCACCGACGACACCCCGGUCUAUCCCAGCAAUGUCCGCGACCCCGAGCGCUUCGACAGCCGGGCGGAAAUCAUCACUAUGACUCGCUUCUAAGGCUGUCCGGCUCUAUGAUGAUGCUGUGCAUACCAUGGACUGCCACGCGAGCGAGCGGCUCCAUGUUUUUUUCGGAGCGGUUGGCUUUGCCUGGCUCCCCAGUCCUGCUCGAUCUUGUUUUGCAUUGUAUUUUGAUCACUCCCUCUGUUCGCCCUUCAUCGUGGCCUCGGCUUUGUGCUCCGCCGUUUCGACUGCGUCGUUGCACUCAUCGCCUGUGAUCCUUCGCGGGCCGCUGUUUCGGCCGUGCGCAACGGCGCUGCAUCUCCAAUUGUUCCCUUUCUUGUAUUUAUGACUUUUUCAGAGCAAAAACCUCACCCCCCCCCCAAAAAAAAAAGUUACACUCAAACCCUGCUCGCCGACGGGUCGCUC